AUGAGAAGAACUGAUUUAGAAAAUUAUUUUCGUGCUAAUAACGGUAAUCUCAUAUCAAUAAAUAGUUUCUUAUCAGCUACAACAGAUCGUUAUGUAGCUCGUAUUUUUGCCGGUGAUGGUCAUAUCGAAAAUUCGGAUACUCAUCUAGCUGUAUUGUAUGAAAUUGAAAUUGACACUCGAUUGCCUCGUUCAGUAUUAUUUGCUGAGCUCAGCGGUCAAAAAACUUGCCAAGAACAUAAAUAUUUAUGGACAGCGAAAUUAACUUUAACUACGGAUGAAGAUGAACAAUGGAAUAUUUUGACCGAGCAUUUACAAGAAAAAAAAGAAGAAGAAAGCUAA